CUAUCAUACCAAACAACUAACAUAGGUAACUGUGAGAGCUUGUCCAGAAAUGUGAAAGAACUGAACGCACGUGUCUGGACUGCAUUGAAGACCAAGCUUGUGACCGUCCUGAUAGGUUACUUAGUUGCUGUGAAGGCUAAACACCGCUAAACGCCUGAUAAUCUCAGGUAGCUCCCUAAUCCUCUGCAGCCGCUUGGUACUCCCUGCGGACCUUGCCAAAGUGGCUCAUUACGCGCAAUCAACGCCCUAGAUUCCCUCUAGUGUGUGCGCGCAGGGGCGCGCGCGUGUUUGCCCACAGACACUGCACUUGGAGCUGACCCGCGCCUCCUGGCUCUCCUCUCUGUGGGCCUUGCCAUACUUUGUGGCGUUUGUGCCAUCUAGGGUAAUCCGCCGCUCCACUGCAGUCUCUCUACAGGAGAUUUCGCUCUUUGCUGCCUCCGCGAAUGGAAGAAGCGCAACCCCGCAGCACUACAAGGAAAAAACUUUUUUUAAAAUAUAAAUACAUUUUUCGUACGGAUUAACGGAUUUCCCAGCAUUUUUCUUUGAUUUGGAAGUUCGCCUGUAUUCUGCUUGGAUAACUGUGGGGCGAUUCCAAGGACGCGGACGCGAGUAACAUACUGCACCGCGCGGGGAGGAGAAAGGAAAACGCGUCCGUGCCAUGAAGCGACGCUGUCGCGUGGAAAUCUACAGACAGCCCCACGCAGCAGAGAGCUGGUUAUUUUUACUUAAGGAGGAAACUACAAAAACGCUGUGAAGCUUCUUCUUGCCACAGCUUGGCUCCAGGCAAAGCGCAGCAUUUCUCUAGCUUCUGAGGGGGAAAAAAACAGUCAAAGAAGAGACAUGCGGCUGAGUAGGUAGUUGGUGUUGCAGUUCCUCUUCUGGAAUUAGUGGCUGAAUGGAAGACAAGCGGGUGGAACCUCGAACCUGGAAAGCUACGAAUACUGUAUAAAGCCUGUGGUGGUCCACGAUGGAUAACUGUCCGCUGGUUCAGGUGGAGGAGUGAAGGGAAUAGGUGGAGAAGCUCUUCCUCAUCACGCAGACGCUGACACAUCCAUCCGUGGGAGGGAGAGGAAGACUUGGAAUUGUUUGCUGCUUUCAGGAGCAAUUCAAGGUGACGUCUUCAUCCAGAUAAAUGUGAUCAAGGUGCUGCAGAGUCAUGCGAUCUGGAGCUUGUCUUCUUGGCAUGAGUCAGCAUGUGUUUGGAUACCUGAACUGACCAACAGAACAACCCUGCUUCAGUUCCCCUUUAUUUGAGGUACCAUGGACAAGGUGGUCAUCUGCCUCCUGCUCCUGGGAACUGCAGCUGUGGUGGUCCAUGCAUGUCCCAAGUACUGCGUCUGCCAGAACCUCUCAGAAUCUCUGGGAACCCUGUGCCCUGCCAAAGGACUUCUGUUUGUUCCCCCCGACAUCGAUCGGCGAACUGUUGAGCUGCGGCUGGGCGGCAACUUCAUCCUCAAAAUCACCACCCAAGACUUUGCCAACAUGACAGGUCUUGUGGAUCUAACUUUAUCCAGAAACACUAUCAGCACCAUUCAGCCUUUUUCCUUCAUUGACCUAGAGACAUUAAGAUCCCUGCAUCUGGACAGUAACAGGUUAACUGAACUGGGACCAGACGACCUCAGAGGACUGAUAAACCUGCAGCACCUGAUCCUAAACAACAAUCAGCUGGGUCGAAUCUCAAAAACAGCUUUUGAUGACUUAUUAUUGACAUUAGAGGAUUUGGAUUUGUCAUACAACAACUUACGCAGUGUGCCUUGGGAAGCCGUUCGCAAAAUGGUUAACCUACAUCAAAUGAGUCUGGACCAUAACCUCAUCUCCUUCAUCGCUGAAGGUACUUUCACAGACCUAGAAAAGCUUGCUCGAUUGGACCUGACCUCCAAUCGCCUUCAGAAGCUCCCUCCAGAUCCCAUCUUUGCCCGCUCUCAGAGCAGUAUGAUCAUGAGCACUCCUUAUGCACCCCCACUUUCUCUCAGCUUAGGUGGAAACCCAUUGCACUGCAACUGUGAGGUACUUUGGCUACGGAGGCUGGACCGUGAGGACGACAUGGAAACUUGUGCUUCUCCCACCAAUCUGAAAGGCCGUUAUUUUUGGUCUGUUCGUGAGGAAGAGUUUGUGUGCGAGCCGCCAUUAAUCACACAACAUACACACAAGUUGCUAGUACUGGAAGGCCAAACAGCUAGCUUGCGCUGCAAAGCUAUAGGAGAUCCAAUGCCGACCGUACACUGGGUUGCUCCUGAUGACCGGUUGAUCAGCAACUCAUCCAGAGCUACUGUUUACGACAAUGGAACCCUGGAUAUAACAGUCACCACAUCCAAGGACUACGGCACAUUUACUUGCAUCGCUGCUAAUGCUGCUGGAGAAUCUACAGCCUCCAUUGAGCUAUCAAUCAUUCAGCUCCCCCACGUGGCGAAUGGUACAAAUCGUACCACACAGUCCAAGUCAGGACUUUCAGACAUCACAAGCUCCACCAAGAUUAGCAGGGGGGAGCCUAAACUCCUUCCCGAAAAAGCUGUGUCUGUAUCAGAAGUGACUGCCGUGUCAGCCCUUGUAAAGUGGAUUGUCAGCAAAUCGACUCCCAAGGUGAAAAUGUAUCAGCUUCAAUACAACUGCUCUGAUGAUGAAGUCCUCAUCUAUAGGAUGAUCCCCAGGACAGAUAGGGCCUUUGUCGUCACAAAUCUUGUGUCAGGGAUGCAGUAUGACCUGUGUGUCUUGGCCAUUUGGGAUGACACUGCCACAACACUCACUGCCACCAACAUUGUCGGCUGUGUCCAGUUUGUGACCCGAGAUGACUACCCACAGUGCCAGUCUCUUCACAGUGGCUUCCUAGGCAGCACCAUGAUUCUGGUCAUUGGUGGUAUCAUUGUAGCCACAUUGCUGGUAUUUAUUAUUAUCCUUAUGGUCCGCUACAAAGUCACCAACGGGAUUCCAACAAAUAAACUACCCAAUGUCAGUAACACAUACUCGCAGACCAAUGGAGGGGUGAACAGGUUCAAUGGUGCCCCACCUCAAGUAAAAUCCACAGUGGUGGUCAUGCGUGAGGAAAUGGUUGAGUUCAAGUGUGGAUCUCUCCAAAGUAGCCUCUCUUCUUCCUCCUCUUCCUCCAACUCUUUAGACAGCCAAACAGGGCGAGGAGCUACUGGUCGUUACAGUGUUCAGAGCAGCGAAUGCAGCACCCUGCCGGGCAACAAGUUCAGGAGGCACGUGCAUAGCACCAAAGCACGACAAAACUUGGACCAUCUUAUAGGAACAAUCACUUCAAUGGAGCUGCGAGGGGUAACCAAGGACACCCAAGGGACUGAAGGCCCUUCAAGCACUCCUAAUACCAUGACAACAGUGGCUGUAGCACCACCAUCUGAUAAAGAGCCUCUCCUUGGGAGGGCGGAGUCCACAACCAUGUUGGGACGACUUCUAGGGUUUCCCCAAGAGGGAAAGCCCAAACGGAGCCAUUCUUUUGACAUGGGUCAUGUCGGUGCAGGACAGUGUCGCAGCAGCCAGCCAAGGAGGAUCAGCAACAUCUGGACUAAGCGCAGUCUGUCUGUUAACGGCAUGUUACUGCCGUGUGAUGAUAGUGAGGAUGAGAAGCCCUCCUCUGAGAGCUCCGAGUGGGUGAUGGAGAGCACGGUUUGAGGAAGAAGCAUACGUCGAGUCCUUAGGAACUAAAACAAGAGUGGGCUUGGAUGAAGAAACUAUCCUCGGGUACUCACCAAAUGUUACCCAUGUGAAUAUUGUUCAAAUGAUCAUGGAAGACAAGAUGUGACCAUGAUCAAAACUGUGUAACAAUACUGACUAUAUUUGAAAAUCUGUCCUUUUGGAUUUAUUCCUGAGGCACAGUCAAAAAAAAACAAAAAAAAAACAAGAAAACAAAG